AUGCACGUCUUCAUCACAGGAGCCACCGGCUUCGUAGGAACAUCCGUCGUCCAAGCCCUCCACAAAAGCGGCCACACAGUCCUAGGCCUCGUCCGCUCCCCGCAAUCCGCCCAAAAGCUCCAAGCAACCGGCGCCAAAGCCCUCCACGGAACCCUCGAGGACCUCGAGAUCCUCCAACAAGGAGCCAAAGAGUGCGAUGGCGUGAUCCAUCUCGGAUUCGUCCACGAGCUUAUGAGUUCCGAUUUCGAGAAAGCUUGUGCCAUUGAUGCCACAGCCACUGAAACGAUCGGUCACGCGCUCGAGGGCACGGGAAAACCGUUUGUGUAUACCUCUGGUCUUUUGGGGAUUAGAAGUGAUGGCGUACUGGCGACGGAAGGAGAUGAACGUCAGGGUGGGGGGGCGUUCCAUCCUAGGGUUAAGACGGAGAGUAAGGUCUUGGGGUUUGCGGCUAAGGGUGUGAGGGCGAUGGUUAUCCGUCUUCCACCUUCUACUCAUGGAGAAGGGGACAAAGGGUUUGUUCCCAUGCUCACUAAAGUAGCGCAGGAGAAGGGUGUCUCGGGGUAUAUUGGGGGUGGAACGAAUGCAUGGCCUUCCUGUCAUAGGUCAGAUGCAGCGGUGUUGUAUAAGUUAGCGCUGGAGAAGGGUGUUGCUGGAGGCGUGCAUCAUGCUGUUCAUGACCAGGCUGUGCCAACGAAAGAUAUUGCUGGUGUUAUAGGGAGGAAGUUGGGUGUUCCUGUUGUGUCGAUAGCGCAACAGGAGGCGGCUGGUCAUUUUGGAUUUAUGGCUUGGCCGCUUGGUAUGAAUGCUCCGACGUCUGGGGAGAAGACACAGAAGGAGCUUGGGUGGUUGCCGGUUGACUCGAAGCUUAUGGAGGAUUUGGAAAGUGGGAGUUAUUUCUAG